AUAUAGUCAUAUCUAUAAAUAGUAACAACUUCGUAUCAUAUAUCAACCUACACAGUGCAUACAACCAGGAAAUGAACCGUCACUACACGAUGCGCACAACUAAUCAGAAGGUGUCGGUACAAAACAGAUCUGUAAACGAUGGCUGCUGGAAGCAAUGUUGAUUGGACACUUUUACCUUCUGACGUAAUCGUUCACGUGUUUUCGUUCCUGAACUCACAUGACCUAAAUCAUGCAUCACGUGUUUGCCACACCUGGAACGAAGCAUUCGAUCAUCCAACACUCUGGCAGACUUUUGAAUUCUGGUUUUUCCUACCGUCGCAUGUUUCAUACCUGGAGGGUGCAAAAAAGUACGGAAAAUACAUGAAAAAAGUUUUUAUAGGAGUAAAUCAGAUGUUGACGCACAAUCGGCAAAAUGCUUGUGCACUUUUAGAAAUUCUCUCCCGAAUAGACCGUCGACGUAUAACUUACUUAAAAAUUGCAUUCACUGGAGAAAAUCCUCUUUUCUAUUCCGGCCAAGAAUUCCUCGACGGAUUGAGUAUUUUAUUUUCUAAAGUUGCGGACAACGUAGAUGCGCCUGUAGCCACAUUACAAUACGUGGAUCUAAGUGGAUUAUCAGUUCCUAUUGAUGAUCGGGUGAUAGACGCUCUGUCAGAAAAUCACACAGGAUUAAAAUACCUUGACAUUCAGAACAAAGUGAUUAUCAGCAAAACAACUUCUGACUGUAUCUUGCGUCUUGUGGAAAGAUGUAGGGAUUUACGAGAUCUCCGUCUCUACUACUGCAGUAUCUCAAACGAAGUAUUGGAAGCGUUUACUGAGCACGAUCGAACCGACGUUGAGCAUAUAUCCAUUAUAUGCAGACGAGAAGUAAAAUUUGGAUACGAACUUGAAACGGAGGCGUGGGAAGAUUUGACUACCCGUAUACCUUCAUUGCGAGUAACCCUGGGCUUCGAUCAUACGUGUCCUUACCAAUUAAUUUCUGCAAUAAUGAAGCCUGUUAUACCAGUGCGUACAUUGAAAUUGGAAACUUUCGCUAUAUGCCAUGACGAAGUUAACUUGGCAGCAACGUUAUAUAAUAAAACGCUCGAAAAAUUAGUCCUUCAAACAAGAAACUCUCUAGAACUGGAGGCGGCCCUGCUGAAAGUUGCACGAACAUGUACUUUACUGCGUUCGCUGUUGGUUUACUGUGUUGUUAGACGGGAGACUAUAAAUGAGAUUUUUCGUUUACAUCCUGACAUGGAAGAAAGGGGAACGUAUAUUUUGAAGUCGGAGGUCGAACCUGAACCGUGGGUUGUUGGUGUAGAAGAAGGGGACUGAGUUUUUCAUGUUUGCGUUUGGUUUCAUAUAAACUUUGAAAUCCAAUAACUGAUUAUAUAUUUAUUUAAUUCAUUUAUAUUUUAUUAUAUUGUUAUUUUGUAUAUUGCCGUUUUUGUUAUCGCUUGCUCGACUUUGAGAUUGGCUGCUGUAGUCGCCCUGACGUCGCCGUCGCCAUUGCAUUCAGAUUAAAACUUUAGGGCUAGCUUGUUAGUUUCACUGUAUCUUCUUACAAAUUGCCACUUCACAUAAGGUUGUUCAUGGUCUUUGAGGCGAACAUCUGAUAAUUAGGAAUAAGAUAUCCUAAAGUCAAGGCCACUUGAGUCAAAUUUUGUUGAAGCUUUGUGGCAAGUUCUCAAUUUUACUAUUCUUCUUAUAACCAUUAAGGACUAUGCUACAGUCGAACUUCGAUGGCUCGAACUCGAGGGUCCCGUGGAAAUUAGUUCGAGUUUUCCGUUGUUCGAGCCAUCCAAAUGGCGGCCAUUUUGAAUUUGGGAAUUCGAGGGCAUGAUGUGUUACAGACCUUACAUCGUAAUAUAUUGUCAUAUUGUACCUAAUGUGUGUAUGAUACGAUGAUAAAUAGAAAACGAACGCUGAAA